GGUACAUAAUCUCCAUUUUGCACUGCUUUGCCCUAUUCUUUGCCAUGGUGUGUUAAAAGUAAACUGCUGUUCAAUGUAGCUUUCUAUGACAUUUUUAGAGCUAGAGAUGGCUCUGCACAAAGUAUUAAUCCCCCAAGACUUAUUCAAUGGAAAAUUAUACGGAAUGACAUGUCUUUCUGGCUAAAAUGGAAAGAAAUACAUAUUUCAGUAUUUGAGGGGUUUUUUUCCACCUUUUUUUUAGUGGAUUAGAAGGUUUCAGUAAAUUGAAAUAUAAAGAAAUAUUCCAUGAAACGUGGCCAACGUCCUGAGAACUGGUAAAGGGACUGAAACGAAUACAGCAUUUAUUUUUUUUAAAAAUCCUCAGCAUCAUUCAAGACAUACAAAUACUUUGUCUUAUAGCUUUACUUUGAAAAUUACUGAAGGCCAAUACAACUGCGUAAGCCGGAGGCUGAGCAUCCUUUUAGGCGGGGCAAUCCCGGCAGAGGGCGGGACGCCCGGAAAGAGAAGCGGGUUGGUUGAUCAACCCCAACAUUGCCACCAGCUGAUAAAUCACCGGCCAGGAGAGCGCGCCGAGAGACCGGGGCUGGGCUCUUCCAUCAGUCCGGACAGCAAAGUCACAUCACCCCCCAGCCAAAGACGCCCUGCAGCGUAGGGGGAGCCGAAGGCAACCCGCUUGUUUUCGCCAAGCAAACCAGGCGUAGCUUUACCAUGUCCGCGGAUGCCGGCGGGGACUGGUGUGCCUUGGAAUGCGCGCUGCGCAACAGCCUCCAACACCUUCGGGACAAAUGGGCGCAGCGGGCGAGGCUGUGGAGAAACACCGAUUAUGCCCCGUGGGAGCAGGAGGAGGGAGCGAAGGGGGCAAUCGGGAUGGACGCGACCCCGUGCAGCGCCCUGGAAUGCCUGCCGAUCUAUGUGAAAUUAUACAUUUUAUCCUUUCUCACACCAAAAGAGCUGAUUUAUUUGGGAAGCACCAACCGCUAUUGGAGAAUAACGGUCCAGGAUCCUUUGCUUUGGAGAUAUUUCCUCAUUCGGGAUCUUCCUUCUUGGAAUUCCAUAGAUUGGAAAUCCCUCCCAGAUGCAAAGAUAUUUAACCAGACUUUUGUGGAGCUAGAUAAUAUUGGCCACUGCAAUUUCAUGGCAGCGUAUAAUAAAUGCUGUUCGUUCAAUAAAAGUUUUUUGAGAUCCAAUAGGACUACAUAUAGCACCAUGUCUUCUCUUCUACAGUCACUAAUCACGCAGACAGAGCCUUGCUUUGCUAUGUUUGGGCCUGGUUUGGAAGAUUUGGAUCAAUCUUUGGUAUACACAAUGAUGGCAAGUCCAGACAUUCUUCCGCUAGCUGGCAUGCCUUCUAGACAAAUACAAGGAAUAGGCUCUGGAGUCACAUUUAAUUUGAAUGGCCAGAACUUUAACAUUCAGACACUGUAUUCAAAAACUAGAAAAGAAAGACAAAGAGACAAAGCAGAUACAAAUUCCAUCAAUAAGAUGUUCUACGAAGUGAGCAAUGUAGAUGGUACAAAACAAUGUAAGCUAAUUGAACAUGUUCAGAAUGUGUGCAGGGUAGCCGAUGGAUUUAUCUACGUUGCAGAUGCGGAGGAACAUAAAAGACACAAUCGCCAAGUUGAAUUUGAUUGGAUGUCAGCAAUGCUUGAUCCCACGCUUGGGCCUUCGGCCAGACCUCUAUUGAUUUUGUCUUGCAUUUCAUGUGCUUCAAAGGAAAGGAUUCCUUGUGUUUACCUGGCAUAUCAGCUACAACUAAACUUGUUGGACCGACCAUGGAUGGUUCAGGACAUUGAAGCUGCCACACUGGUGGGGCUAUUGGAUGGAAUUCAGUGGCUCCUGGAACAUGUCAAACAUUAAAAUCCAUAAUAUCCAAGUCAGUUCUAAUAAAAAAUUAUCUGUCUUA